CGUAUCGAGUGAAACAAACGUGUUUUAAUUUCAUAGGAUUAUAUUAAUGUGAAUUCUAAAAAAUAACAAAGUAUGAGGCUUAUGUUAAAACAUGUGUUAUUUAGUUUAAUUAUACAUUUCGUUAACGGUCAAACUAUUGAUGUGUCUGGCAUUGAUUACAAUAAAGUGACGAAGAACCCUCACAGUUGGGAUUAUUAUUAUACCUAUGGUGAAACUAUCAACUGGAAAUGUGUUGCUCAGACGGAUCACGCAUACUGGAUCUUCCCCUUAAGUCGUUCAGAAUGUUCAGAAGAAAAAUCAACAUUGAUCAGCAUUAAAGGAUUGACAGACAAGAAUGAUGGGCAGAUAGUGAUCUGUGAAUACAGGGAUUACAAAGAAGUUAAAGAAUCGAUUAAAAUUACUUUACGUUAUGUACCGGGUAGUUAUAUUCGAGUUAUUGGCAUUAAUUACGACAAGGUGAAAGCAAGAAGUUUGAACAACUUGGACUAUUACUAUGACGAGGGUGAAAUACUGAAUUGGCGCUGUACCACGACAUACACGUGGUCAAGUACAAAAUGGCUAAAGGCUUGCCAAUCAAUUUCAAUUCCAAUAGACAAUUCAAUAACUAAAAAUGAAUAUAAAUGUGGACUACGGUGUACAUUUGACACUAAUAACUAUGAAAAUAUUGUCAUUACUCUUCAUAUCAAUCCAGUUUCAGGAUAUCAAGUUACUGGUGUCAACAUCAAAAGAUUGCAAACAAUUACACCUAAUGAACACAUAUAUUAUUUUGACAAUAAUGAACAGUUACAUUGGACCUGUCAAAGGACAACCACAUCAGGCGACGUAUACUGGAAAUGCGGGGCAAACUGUAAUCUGAUACCCGAAACAAGACGUUCGACGGAACUCUUAGCAACUGUAUUACAAGCUAAUGAUGGGAUGACAAUUUAUUGUGUGCAUGACAAGGGAAAUGUCAUUCCAGAUUUUAUUACAUAUACACUGAAGUCGAUCUGCAUAUCGACCAUACAAGCAAGAACGUCACCAUUAGUGGUGUCAGUGCCUAAGUCAUCAAAUUAUCUUUUUUACAUAAGUGUGAAGGACAACACACGGCUUUUAGCCAUAGACAAUUCAAAACACAUUUAUUCGUAUAAAUAUUAUGUUGGAGAAAUUGUAGAAUUGGAAUGCACAGCAUACAGAGACAGUGCACGACUACAUUCGCUAAGAUGGGACUACAGUAGUGGUUUCGAUGUGCUCAACCUGACAACCGGUAACAUUAGUACGCUGAAGACAAAGUUAACCCAACGGAAUCAAAAUAAGCAGUUGUUCUGUAAAGACAUACAUGCAGAAGCACACGCCACACUGACACUAAUUUUAUCCGACUACACAUGCCAGAAUCAAAACAUUAGUGUUCCUGCCUUUGGAUGUAAAACAGAAAGGACAUCUUUCUUCAUAACUGGGUUACCUGAACGUCAGGAACUGAACUUUAAGGGCUCCAAAAAAUGCAGUGUAACUCUAGAAUUUACUGAGCCAUUAACUCUUAACCUGACGUGUUACAGACUUCUUAAAAAUCGGAACAGUUACGGUCCAAUAAAAUGGCGGUUUAAAGAUCAAGAUCUCCAAACGGGCGAUUUUAAUGGUUGUAACGGCACAGUUCACCAGACAUUCAACGUUACUGAUGAAGAUGAUGGGCAGGAGAUCGUGUGUGAAAUAAAAAGUGAUGAAGAAGGCGGUGAUGAAUAUGAAAUCAAAUUAGGGUUGAAGUAUGAACCCCCUCCCACCACCGCCCCGACGACUGGUGUGAUUUCUGCCGGAAUUGUAGAUCAGCCAAUUUUAAUGACGAGGUAUAAACGAGGUCUUUAUCACUUAAGAAGUCAAGAUAAACAGACUAAAAAUACCGUAAAUGAAAUAGAUAUGGAAGUGAAUUUAAAUAAAAAUAUUUAUAUUUGUAACGUAAAAGAUAAAUACAUAAAUGUGAUAAAUGAAGAUGAGAUAACUAUAAAUGUUCAAAGCAAGAACCGUAUCGACAAGUUGUGGUGUUUCAAUGAAAUGAGUGGCACUCAGAAUAUCAUAGAGAACAUAGAUGAGAACAACAACAACCACAUAUAUAUAAAACAAAUAACUGUAAAAAACUCCUUGCAAGGCAUAUGGAACUGUACUUUCUUGGGGCGUCAACAUAGUUUCAAUUCGUCUUGGUCACCGAAAUAUACAUACGACAAAAAGACAUAUCUUAAGACGAACUGUUCUCUAAAUGUUACUGUAAUCGAUCGUCCUACUUCUAACGAUGUAAUUGAUGAUUACCAAGGCGAAGACUCUUCAUCAUCACCUGCUAGUGAAGAACACGAUGAGCAAAAUAGUAUGAAAGAGAUUAAAUUCCAUAUGAAGAUUAAAGACAAAACUUACAAAUGUGACGUCGAACCGGAAGCGAUACAUUUAAAAGAAGGAGAGGACAUAAAAAUUAUCGUCACCAGCAAAAAAUUCGUCAACCACUUUUGGUGUUUUUCGGAAAAUGACAACAGUACUAAUAUUAUGAGCGAUAUUAUCACAAAAGAGACAGACAAAAAAGGCUUAUAUUACAAAUUGGGAGCCGUGACAAGAUCUAUGGAGGGAAAGUGGAACUGCACAUUUCUAGGACUCCCGCUGUACAAUUAUGGACCUACGUAUAAAUUCAAUGGAUUCACAUAUUUACGGGCAAACUGUAAUUUGAACGUCUUUGUUGAACAACUGCCUUCAUCUACAAUUUCUCCUACAAUUCCUGUUUCUACCUACGAGGACAGUAUAAGUAACGCAAAUGAUUCCAGUAAUUAUGAAAUUGCUAACAUGAUAUCAUUUACUAUUGAUAUAAUAAAGAAUACAUUCAUGUGUGCAGUUAAACCAAAAAGCAUAGAUUUGAUAGAAGGAGAAAUGUUGACAAUCAAAAUCAACAGUAAACCAUACAUCAAUUAUAAAUGGUGUUUUUCAGGAAAUGAUACCAGGACAAAUAUUGCCGAAGAUAUUGAAGAACUGAAUGAUGAGUCUGACGUACAUACGUUCGUUAAAUAUGUGGAUGUGACAACAUCAUUGGAGGGAAAAUGGAACUGCAGUUUCUUAGGUUUUUGGAAUGCACCAGAUAUUUUCAAGCCAAGAUUUACGUACAACGGAUAUCAAUACUUAAGAACUAACUGCUCUUUGCAUAUCAAUGUUAAACCACGAUCGACAACUAUAGUAGAACCCACUUCUACGGUUCCAAUCACGUUAUCUACUACUACUACAAGUUCGAUUUCUACAUCUACGAACUCAAGUACGAUUUCUGCGGUUACUCUCCCAAGUUCCACUCCAUCGAGUUCAUCAGCUUUUAUAACUAACAAAACUGCCGAUUCUCGUAGCGGUGAUAGGAGUAGUAAAAGUAGAAAAAUAAAUAAUAAUAUACGCAAAGGUCAGUGGACUACUCGAAAGCCUAUACCAACGACCUCUAGGAGUUCUAGAACAACAACUCUGUCAACAACAACUCUGUUAACAACAACUCUGUCAACAACAACUCUGUCAACAACAACAUCAGUAACCACCACAACAAAACCGACAACUCAUUUCAACAAAAAAAAUCCUAACACUGUCACUCCGAUGCUGGAGCUCAGUGACAAAACAGUUACUGAUAGUACUACGGGGUCCGAUAAAGAAAAUGAACCUACUGGUACAGGAAUCUCAAUGAUGUUAAUAUCAUAUUGCUUCGCGGGAAUAGCUUGUGUGUUAAUUCUGAUAGUGCUUGUAUGCGUCUUGGUCAAGCACAUUAAGAGAAGCAAGCGGAUAAAGAAAUCAACAACAGACGUGACCUACGAAAACCUGAGCGGCGACACCAACCGUCAGUUCCCACCGAACUUGGAAGCGUUGUACGCUAAACCUUAUGACACCAGGUCCUUAGAAGAGGAAUCCCCUUACGCCGUAACUUCAUACCAAGACACAGACACCUACAGCGUUCCUUACGUCGAAACCGAUGUUAACAAGCUAUACGCGAAGCCUGUACCGAAAAAAGACCGCAAGGAACAACUGUACACCAAAGUUUUACCGAAAAAUCAAAGAAAACCGAAAGGAUCCGAGGUAACUUAUGCAGAAAUCGAGCAUACUCCCACGAAACGACUUGUGCCGAAGGAUAACACGGCUACAUAUAGUGAAAUAAUGUCGGAGAACUAUGCAACAGCCAAUAAAGGUUAUGAGAAUGUCUGUCGAGGUGCUUAUGCUAAUACCAAGGAUACUGAGUACGCGGAACCAGCGUAUUGUGAAGCGAAACGAUAGGUACCUACUGUUAAACAGACCAACCAGGGGGUUUAAAAAGGCCACAUCGAAGCAAUUCAUCUAAAAAAGCAAUUUUGCUAUUUGACAUUUGUUUGCAUUGCGCACUUACUUUUAUAUGCGCAAAUGUCAAAUUGCAAUAUUGCUUUUUUCAGUGAAUUGCUUCGAUGUGGCAACAUUUGCGCAUAUAAAAAGUAAGUGCGCAAUGCAAAUCACUGUCAAAUAGCAAUAUUGUCUAAUAACAGAUUGUCCAUAGUCUCUGCUUACCUCGGUGGGAAAUAGAUUAGCGUAUGUUGAUUUAUGUGUGUAAGAGUUUAAAGGCUGUAUUAUAAACUAUAGUUAAUGUUAAAAGUUAGGUACCUACUACUACUGUAAUUACUAAUUAAUUACCUACAAUUUUUUUUUAAUAAUUACGUAAUAUGAGUUAUAAUUUUAAUUAAACUUUAAAAUGUUAUAUAAGUUCAUGACUAAAUUCCCAUACAUCCAUCAUCAUUUAUAAUAUAAAACUUAUCAUAUUUAAAUUGUAACAGCAAUAAAAAAUAUUUUUAAAGA